GGCUCAGAGACACCUGGAUGGGAAGUGCCUGGGGCCACCCUAUGCCCCAGGGAGGGUAGGCCCCGCCACCACAUCCUCGUCCACGUUGCUCCUGGGACCACCGCAGAGCCCUUUGAGAAGGCGGUCUUCCCUCCCCCUGCCUCCUGACCACGGCCCCAGUCCCCACACACGGGGGCCCCCAGGCCACGGCCACUCGGUCAGGGUGCUGCCCCUCAGUGCCACCCUGUCCCUCAUCUGCCGGCCUCCAGGGUGUGUGAUGUGGCCGCCGCGUUGGGCUCCCUGGGGAGGGGUCCCCUUUGACACAGACACCUUGUCACAGGGAAGCCCCCCGAUCCCUCGUGGGCAGGUUUGGCAACAGUGGGAGGGGGACUACCUGGGUGGGGUGAGGGGCCCUGAGUGUCCACACGGGCCUGAAGCCUGACGCGGCUCCCCCCCCCCCCUCCCCGGCACCGGGCUGCAGGCUGAGGCGCGAGGAGAGGGCGGGCGCCGUCCCAUAGCCGGGCAUUGACGAGUGAGGGGCCGGGGGGCAUGUUAGUUACCCCCUUAGAGCAGGCUGCAGGUCUGCUCGGCCUGCCCUUCCUGGCGGGGCUGCGCCUCCCCUACGGCCGCGCCCUCUGGGUGGCCUGCCCCAACCCCGCCCCGUCGCCCCCGUGCCUCCGGCCUGGCUGCCCACCUGUGCUCGGUGUGGCCCUGGCCUCCAGCCUCCCCGCUCAGGCUCCCUGGCCAGAGGGCAGGUGAUCGCUUCCAGGCCGCCCCUCCCACCGGGCUAGGGGCUCCCAGGCUGACCCAGCGGCCGGCGGCCACUCUCCCAACCGGCAGAGGGGUGUUCCCUCAGGGCCGUCCGAGAGUGGGCAGUUGGGGUGGCCUCACCAGGACGGGGAAGCUGAGGGCUCGGGUUCCACUGGCAGUUGGGCCGUGAAGUCAGGAGGUUCUGCUGAGGAGAAGGUUCCGGCAGAGCCCUGCUGCCCUCCAACCUUGGUUUUGUCCUGGAAGGAGGAAUGUGAGGGCAGGGUGGCCUCUUUGCGCCCCACGUGCUCCCCCGACCCCAGAGCUUCUGGCUCUGACUCCCCACCGUCCCCCCUGCCCCUCACCCCCACGCCCGGGGCCGACUCUGGGCCGCUGCGGGGCGCGAGGCCCAGGCCUCCUGGCAGCAGGCCGACCACAAGCGGAGCUGCAGGUGAAGCUGUGAGUUGCGGCUGGAGCUGGGGGUACCGCCAGGUGAGAGCUUCUGUGCCCCGUGAGACCCCCAGGUCCCCUCACAGCCCAGGCCGCCCUCGGGCUGGCAGGCACUGUCCCGCUCUUGCUGUCCAGCGCUGUGUGUCCUCAGGUGGGGCCUGGACCUCUCUGAGCCUGAGCGUCCUGUGUGGAUGGCGAGAGCCGAGCCCUCCCUGGGCCCUCGGUGAGUCCUUCCUGUGUGGCCCAGCGGGAUGAGCCACGGUGAGCGCAGCGGGUGCCCGCGGCAGGGUCUGGGGUCCAUCUGGGAGCAACUCCCCUGUCAGCCCCAAAGGCGAACCCCAAGUUACCUUCUCGUAGAGCGGACAGACAGCAGCCCCUCAUCCGAGGCCUCGCCGCCCUCCCAGCUGAGCACCAUCGCCGCGGAGGACCUGGGGCUCCUGGAGGAAGAGUUGGCCAGCCCCGAGUCCCUGAGCCCGGAGGAGGUCUCGGAGAAGGAUGCGUGCAGCCGCCUGCCGUCCGAUGCAUCCAACCCGGAGCAGGGCACCCUGAAGCGCUGGAAGCAGCUGGAGCAGUGGGUGGCCGGCCUGCAGGCUGAGGUGGCGUCCCUGCGGGGACACAGGGCCCGCUGCGAGCAUGCCACGCUGAGCUUGCUGCGGGAGCUGCUGCAGGUGCGGGCCUGCCUGCAGCUGCAAGAUGCACAGCUGAAGAGGCUGCAGCUGGAGGCGCGGCAGGCGGUUCCAGCCACCGAGAAGGAAGCCGUCCAGGUGGGGCGUGUCCCAAGGCCUGGAGGCAUCGCCUCCCUGGACCCUGAACCCCACUCAGCCCAGGCCCAGCACUCCGACAACCCCCGGGGUCCAGCUCCAAGGCCCCGGCUGCACUCAGCCCGCGUCUCCGCCUCACAGCUCCCUGGCCCACAACAGCAGAACCAGAUGCAGGCUCUGGACAAGAGGCUGGUGGAAGUCCGGGAGGCCCUGACCCAGGUCCGGAGGAAGCAGGCGCUCCAGGACUCCGAGCGGAAGGGCGCCGAGCAGGAGACUAGCCUCAGGCUGUCCGAGCUGACUGGGAAGCUGAAGCAGGAGGAGCAGGACCGCGAGGUGGCCUGCGGGGCCCUGCAGAAGAGCCAGGAGGAGGCGGGCCAGAAGCUGGACCACCAGGUGGCCAGGAUGCAGGCCCAGAUGACCAAGCUGGGGGAGGAGAUGAGCCUCCGCUUCCUCAAGAGGGAGGCCAGGCUGUGCGGCUUCCUGCAGAAGAGCUUCCUGGCCCUGGAGAAGAGGAUGAAGGCCUCGGAGAGUGCACGGCUGCGGGCGGAGAGCGCCCUGCGGGAGGAGCUGGAGGGCAGGUGGCGGCAGCUGCAGGAGCUGGACACGGAGCGCGUGCGGGCCCAGCAGGACCAGUGCCAGCAGGAAGAGUGCCACCUCCUGGAGCAGUGCCGGGGCCUGGACAAGGCCGUGGUCCAGCUGACUGAGUUCGUGCAGCAGAACCAGGUGUCGCUCAACCGCGUCCUGCUGGCCGAGCAGAAGGCCUGGGAUGCCAAGGGGCAGUUGGAGGACAGCCGGGCUGGGGAGCUGGCCACCUACCUGCAGGAGAACCUGGAGGCCAUGCAGCUGGCCGGGGAGCUGGCCCAGCAGGAGACACACGGCACCCUGGAGCUGGUGAGGCGGCCGGGCGGGGGGCAGGCUCGCAGGGUCCCCCUUCGGGGCAGAUGGCACACUCAGCCCCACCCCCCGCAGCUCCGAGAGAAGAGCCAGGCCCUGGAGGUGUCCGUGGCUGAGCUGGUCAGGCAGGUGAAGGACCUGAGUGACCACUUCCUGGCCCUGAGCUGGCGGCUGGACCUGCAGGAGCAGACACUGAGCAUGCGGCUGCGGGAGACACAGAAUGAGUGGGAAGCCGCAGAGCAGCGGUGGCGGGGAGGCCUGACGCGCUGUCAAGAGGAGGCGGAGGCGCGCCUGCGGGAGGUGCAGGAGAGACUGGACCACCUGCCCCAGCAGAUAGAGGCUGUCACUGACAAGUGUGUGCUUCACAAGAGCGACUCGGACUGCAAGAUCUCUGCCGAGGCCACAGCCAGAGAGCUGGCGGUCGAGGCCGUGAGGCAGGAGCUGGCUGCCCUGCUGUCCUCCGUGCAGCUGCUCAGAGAGGGCAACCCCGGGCGCAAGAUCGCCGAGAUCCAGGGCAAGCUGGCCACGUUUCAGAACCAAAUGAUGAAACUGGAGACCAGCAUCCAGGACAACAAGACCAUCCAGAAUCUCAAGUUUAAUACAGAAACCAAGCUGCGCGCGGAGGCGAUGGCCACCCUGCAGGAGAGCGUGCUGCGCCUGUGGAGCGAGGAGGGCCCCUGGGCCCCGACGCUGGGCAGCAGGAGGGGCCCCACGUCCCUGGAGCGGCAGCAGCUCUUUGUCAAGGAGGUGGCCCCCGACGACGUGGUCCCUGUGAACCGCUGGGGCGUGUAUCAGGCCGUGAGGUGGCUACAGUGGAAGGCGGUUCUCAUGAAUCUGGCAUCCCAGCAGACGCCCGGGAGUGCAGCCCUGGAGAAGCCCCUCAGCCAGAAGCCUGCCCGCCGACUCUCAUCCCUGCCCAUUCCCCAGAAAUAAAUGUGCCCGCCCCAUUCCUGU